CACUUCAUCACUUUCGGCGAAGUGUCUCGCAGCUCAGCUUCUUCACUCGUUUCUGUGCCUGGCGAUGAUGCUCUAGCCUGCAGAGACUCGUUCGUAUAUAUAUUCUCCUCACUAUUAGUUUGUACCCAAGUGCAGGUUUGGUUGAAUAAAUUGACACAAGCAAGAGGCCAAAGCAGCUUACAGAGAACGAAGCUAUAGCUAGCUGAAAUGGAGGCUAGGAGCUUACUGGUGGUGAUCGUCGUUGGGUGCUGUGCCUGCUGGGGUUGCCGCGCGCAGAUCCCGAUCCCGGCAAGGAUGGACGGGUUCGUGUACGGCGGGAAGCCGCCGCCGGCGUGGGGCGAGACGGUGGUGGUAGAGGCGUUCUUGGACCCCGUGUGCCCCGACAGCCGCGACGCGUGGCCGGCGCUGAAGAAGGUCGUCGACCACUAUAGCAACCGUGUGUCCGUCGUCGCUCACCUCUUCCCGCUGCCUUACCACAGCUAUGCCUUCAUUGCGUGCCAGUCAAUUCAUGCGGUGAACAAGCUAAAUCCGUCGUUCGUGUACCCUCUGCUCGAGAAAUUCUUCAAGGACCAGGAAGGUUACUAUAAUCGGCCAACCUACGGAAAAUCAAGAGCUACAGUAGUUGACGAAAUAACCAAGAACCUUGUUGCGCCCAUCAUCGGUGAAACUAAUUUGGCGGCAUACAAAGCAGGUUUCAAUGAUUCACAAUCUGAUAUGGCCACAAGGAUAUCUUUCAAGAACGGCUGUGCACGAGGUGUGACUGGGACACCCUACUUCUUUGUGAAUGGCAUACCAAUCAACGAUUCCGGUUCUCCUCUAGAAUACAAGUACUGGAUAUCUAUCCUGGAUCCCUUGGUUGGAAAGAUGUAAUGUAACGCAGCUGCUAGUUUGUUCAUCAAUAAAGUCCUAGUGGAAGUAAAUAGAAGCUGAAUGAGUGAUGAGCAAAUACUAAUAUUAGCUUCAUCAUUUUGAGUAUAAGAUAUGGAUGAAAAAAAAAACAGUGAUAUAUGUGUAUAAGCAGCAGUUAAUUGUUUCAGGCAGCAUAUAUCAGACACAACUCCCUCAGAUUCCAA